AUGGGAGAUGACACCUGCAUGCUGCUCUUGAACAAUGAAGACGAUGUGACAAAGCAGAUCCUUUACGAAAGUGAUGAGCGACUGAAGCGGUACAGAAAGAUCUCAAUCGAGGACCCGGAUCAUGUGCAAUUUGAGUUGGAUCUGACGGUGAAGGAAAGCCCUUUGGUGAAUGGCUUGCUGACUUUGGUGUCUGUUGCAACCUUCCUGGCCGGUUUCGUGGCCACUGACUUCAGUGGAUUCCAAUCUGAGGAUUGGCAAGACGUCCACUGGAUCUGCAAGUGGCUCUACGUGUGCUUGUUGGCGUAUGCUGAAGGCGCGUGCCUCUACAUUGCCAUUUGUGGCACCAUGGCAUGUGCAACCCACCUCCGUGCAGCUAACCAGAUGGAAAGAUGGGAGAACCGGUGCCGCAUUGCACUGGAACCUGUCCUACAGAAUCUGGACCAACUCAAAGGAAAGCGUGUGGACACCAUUGAGGCGGUCCUAAGAGCUGUUAUUCACAGUGAGUCGGACUGGGUAAAUACUUGUGCUGUGGCCCUUGGGACCGGAUGGGAUAUACCAAUGGUGCGCUGGGAUUUUAAGCCAGGUCCUACAGGUUCAGAUGGAGAAUUCCUUUUGACCAUCAGGGAUCCUGUGAGCAUCAUGGGGGUUGCAUGCGGCUUGUUGUAUCUCACCGAUCUCAACUUUCCCAUUGCUAUUUGGUGCUUCCUCUCCGCGCAGACCCUAAAGGCUUUGAAGGGUGAGCCUCUGCAUAUCGUGCUGAGCAUUGUUUUGAUCAUCGCUUUCUGGCUGCUGAAGAUGGGCUACAGCCUGCGCACCCUCUACAAGAAAAUCUUGGACUGA